GACGAAAGGUCGCGCAAUCUCGUUGUCAGGGCCUGCAAAAUAGCAUCAUGGUGGACGACCUCCAAUCGUCGGAAGAACUUGCAUUCGUCGCUGAAGAAGUCGACCGCAUUAUCCUGCAGUCUGUAGAGCACUUUCUCAAGGAUCAAAGCUACGACGAAAACGAAGUCUCGCAUUGGGUGGACUUGAUAUGCGACGGGAUUAUGAAAGGUCUCAGCGAUCUGCGAAAGCCGCUCAAGUACAUUGUAAGCUGCGUAAUCAUGCAAAAGAACGGCGCAGGCAUUCACUCAGCAGUCUCGUGCCAUUGGGAUACUGCCAUUGACGGGGCCCACGUUGUCAAGUGGCCUAGCGACAAGCACAAAGAGCACAAUCGAACGAUGUAUUGCAUUGUCACUGUAGGCGGAUUAGGUUUCUAACCGUAAAUGUAAUGCAUACAUUGACUCCGCCACUGAAAUCGACUUUGUCGUUUAG